AUGUGGCAGCUGAAAUUGUCUUUCGUUUUGGCUUUGGCUUUGGUCGGCGCGCAGGCCAAACCCUCGCACCACUUUGAUCAUUUCGAUCCGCACCUCCAUCACUUUGAUCAGCACUUGAACCACUUUGAUCACUUGGAGCCAUUGCAGGCGCUGCCUGAUCACGUGGACUAUGCAGCUCCUCUGCAGCUGCAGGAAACUCUGCUUCCGGCUCCGCUGCCGGCACCAGCUUGGCCCGAGCCAGCUCAUCUGGCUCCAGCUCCUUUAGCACCUGCACCACUCUGGUCAGCACCACUCGCACCUGCACCAGCACCCGCUUGGCCCGCACCAGCAGCUGUUUGGCCCGCUCCAGCUGCGCUUGCACCCGCACCACUGCUGCCAGCUGCUGCUCCUUUGCUGCCGGCGCCUGCACCAGCCUGUCUGCCGCCGGCUCACGCUCAUCUGCUGCCAACCGCUGAGCUGCAUUUGCCCACGGUGACACAGGUGCUGCCGCCAGUGGUCGAGGCGGUGCCCUUUGCGCCCAGCUAUCGUGCGACAUUUGGACCAAAGCGCACCACGCACCGUGUGUCCGUUGGCUACGCUUUUCCCAAGCUGCUGGCUGCGCCACACGCUCAUCUGCGCGCGCUGCCAUUGAAGCUGGCGCACCACCAUAAACACCAUCAUUCGCUUUUCUAG